AGAAAAGAUCUUACGUCACGUGACCGCCUCUUACUCCCAAACCCAUCAUUUGAGGAAUAACGAUACAUAUUUCUGUGCUAGCAGCUGCAGAUAAGGCCUUUUCCUCCAAUGUGUUUUAUUGCAGAUUAAUCAAUAGGAUGCUAUUUAAACGGACGGAGGGCUUCUAGCGACAUUCCUUGACUACACUGGAGGUUGGUUUUCAAGGCAGCUGAGAUUAAAGUUUGUGUGCCUGUUUGCAAGUGGAGGAAAAUACUGAACGGUCAUCAUGGCAGAAAACAACUUCCCUCCCCUGCCUCGGUUCAUCCCCCUCAAGCCAUGUUUUUACCAAGACUUCAAUGAGAUCCCAGACCAGCGUCGCACCAUGUGCAAAAGGCUCUACUACCUCUGGAUCUUGAAUGCUGCCACUCUGGCCGUUAAUCUGAUUGGCUGUCUGGCGUGGAUGUGUGGAGGUGGUGGGGCGACAAACUUUGGCAUGGCCUUCCUGUGGCUCAUCCUCUUCACCCCCUGCUCCUACGUAUGCUGGUUCAGGCCCAUCUACAAGGCCUUCAAGACCGACAGCUCUUUCAACUUUAUGGCUUUCUUCUUCGUCUUCAUGGCCCAGGUGGUGAUCAGUAUUAUCCAGACUGUUGGCAUCCCAGGCUGGGGAGUGUGUGGCUGGCUGGCUACCAUCACCUUCUUCAGCACCAAUGUCGGCUCCGCUGUGGUCAUGUUGAUUCCCACCAUCAUGUUUACUGCGGUGGCUGUACUCUCCUUCGUCGCCCUCACGAAGGUUCAUAACUUCUACCGCGGCAGUGGUGGCAGCCUGGGUAAGGCCCAAGAGGAGUGGGCCACUGGGGCCUGGAAGAACCCCCACGUCCAGCAGGCGGCCCAGCAGGCGGCCAUGGGAGCCGCACAGGGAGCUGUGCAGCAGAACCAGUACUCGGCAGCUCCCACCUACAACUACGACGACCCGAUGUAGGCAGAGGAGGUGGCCAAGCUGCCGAGCGGGAGAGAUAAAAAGGGAUCAAUUAAGAACACAAUUCAAAAUUAGGUGCCCUUCAUUAUAACACUGUACAAGCUGAAUUCAACCAGAACAAUGUAGAGAAAAGUCAUGUUUUUGGUGUAAGAGUACUUUUAUUGAAUUCUGACGCACAUGGGAGUUAAUCAUUUAAAUCACUUCACAUUUAAAUUAACAGCCAGUUACUUUUUAAACCUCUUACGCUGCUCAAUUUUAGCUGGUCAGUGUGUGUGUGUGAGACACGUAAUAGACCGUACACCAGUCCCCUGAGCUCCAUCAGUUUAUUCAGGUAGGUUCUUCUGUCGUCAGCACAGAUCGUCUUCUCUGCCUUUGCCUGUGUUACACUUUCAGAACGUCUUUUAAUUACCUUUAAUGUGUUUUUAUAUUUACUGUAGUAGCUACUUUACAUUGUUAACAGUGUUUACUUUCAUUAGCCUUGAAGGUCACCAAACGCUUAAAACAUUUGACAAGUCUUACAUACAAAAUGUCCGGAGAACUUUAAUAAAUUAGUUCUCAUUAAAGGAAUAGUUUGACAAUUUGGGAAACACGCUUAUUCGCCUUUUUUGCUGAAAGUUGGAUGAGAAGAUAGAUAUCACUCUGAUGUCUGAAUGCUAGGCUAAAUAUGACGCUACCGCUAGCAACCGCUAAGCUGACCUUAGCAUAAAGGCUGAAAACAAGGGGAAACAGCUGCCUAGCUCAGUCCAAAGGUAACAAAACAACCUUCAGCACAUUUUAAACUCACUUACUGACACAUUUUAAAUCUUGUCAGACAGAGCAAGGCUAGGAGUUUCCCCCUGCUUUCAGUCUUUGUGCUAAGCUAAGCUAACUAGCCUCUGAUGUUAGCUUCAUAUUUACCAUACAGACAUUGAGAUAUCUGAUUUGUGCCAGUAAUUUUUGGUCAUCAGUCUAAGGGACAGACAGAUAGACAUAUAAAACAGAGAAACAUGACGAGAAGCUAAUUUGUUUUUAACAUGAUUUAAAUCAGAAUAAAUGGGCGGGAAGUGUAAUCUUGCACGAAAUGUACCAAGCAGGUAUUUUCCCUGACUCAGAAACUUUUAAGUCCUCAAAUAUUUUACAGUUCAUGCUUUGGUGACCUGAUUGUGUUCUUUGUUUGUUUUUUUACUGAUGAGAAGUUUCUCUGCGUCAGUUUAAUUCAACUUUUUCUUUUACAUUCUCAGGAAAGGUGUAAUAGCUGGUUUUAAAUUCUUACUGUGAAGCCCUUAAAAAGUGUCAACAUGUUGGGCUUCUGUCUCUUUAUAAUUGCCAUUUUUCAACCGUUUGGGGUGUUUGGUUUCUUCAUUACGCACCGGUUAUGUGUUUAGUGGGUUGAUUUCAGUGAAAUGUAUUAUUAUUACUACAUGUUAAAGUGAAGCACAUGCAGUAUUUAGGAUUGCAGUUCAUUGGAUAAAACAUUCCAAAACAACGCUGUACAGGUUAAAAGUGAAAGAAAACCAAAACAGGUUGGAAACACAGUACAUAUUAAUAAUCAUUGUCGUAGGUGGUCAUAGCAUCGUAUGAAGUGAUGGAUGUUUUCACCCCUUUGGCAAAUUCUCCCACUUACCCCUACAUGUAAAUGCUUAAAUGACUACUUCUUUCUGAAUCUCUGGACUUCAGGCCUUGGUGUGUCAUUUCGUGGCUGUUGGUGUUAUUCUAUGAGUAGGUGUAAUAUGAUAUUUAUAUAAAAGAAAAUAUAAAAUCUAAGCCAACUAUUUCUUUAUGAGGUGAAAUUGAAAGAGAGAAUAUUUGUGUGUUUCCGAGACAGUGUAAUUGAUUUCAGUGUCACUCAAGUCUUCUUUGAAAAUGUCUUCAAGAUUCAGUAGAUGGAUAUUACAGUAAUACAGUAUUAGACAUGAAACAGAUGUGAAGAUUUGUGUCUGAAUGCUCGUUAUUUAAAAAAAAACAACCUGUGAGAUGUCUUGUCUGAUUGUGAUGAUGUGGUAUUCAAUAGGCUGUUUGUUGUUUUUCUUUUUAGUUGUCGUUUUUUGUACCAACCUAUUUUUAUUUUGUGAUUUUUUUUGGAUGAUGUGUGGAUGAGUUUGAAACACAUGUUCGUGGUGUCUUUCCAUGGCUGUGGGUAACAGACUUUGAGUUUUUUUUUAUUAUAAUUAAAAAAGAAAAGAAAAAUUAAAGAUAAUGUUUUGCACUUUUUGAAGUCAGUGCAAACUAAAUUAAGAGUUGAUCACAGUGGAGCAAUACUAACUCAAAUAUAAUAAACAGUAGACUUAUUAGGAAGUGGGGUCCUGUUGUGCAGGCUUCAAAUAUGAGUAAUGACCAUAACAUUAACUGUUAUGAAUUAAAAAACAGGCCUGUUUUAUUAAGUUGGACACCACUAGUAUAAUUUUGCAUAACAAAUGCAUAACAUUUUCACCAGCAGAUGCACAUACAGUAGUUAUGAAGUAUAACCCUGUAAACAGUACAGUACCAUCCACAUGCUCAUCUGCAAAAGUUCAGCUGACCUUAAUUUAGUGUAUAGUCUGCACAAAGAUGAACAAACAAGCUACUUUUCUCUGUGUGUAGUACAUUAUCAAGGUCAAUUUUGGAUCAGUGCAAACUUUUUAUUUUUUGACAUAUGUACAUACAGCACAGGUAAUGUGAUGAUAGAAACUACAGCUGUAUAGUAAUCGUGCAGCAGGACCUGCAGUGCAUCGGAUGCUCCCACUCCUACUCUGCAUUUCACGCCGCUGUAUCAAAGCUUCUGAAAGCCAUUUCUCAUUAACUCCCCCAUGUUCCCACACGUUGUAUGUUGUUCGAUAUGUAUUAUCAUGUACUAUAUCAUAACUAGAUAUAAAUAUAUAAUUACUUGAGGUGCGGUAAAUAUCUGCCAUGGAUAAACACAUUCAGUAGAAACAUGCUCGAAUUAAGAGAAUGAAUUGUUUGAGGAGGCUGUGUCUCCAUGAGUGAAGUAAAUGAGGAAUACAUUUUUGUGUAUUACUUUUGUAUUAUUUGGUCUUACCCUAAUAGAUAUUAAACAGUUAUUGUUG